AUGAACAGUUCUCACACUACAAAGUCCUGUGUGCUCAUCCUGCUUGUGGCCCUACUGUGUGCAGAAAGAGCUCAGGGGAUGGAGUGCUACAGUUGCAUGGGGGUACCACUUGAGGCUUCCUGCCCAUCAGUUAACUGCUCUGACCCCAGUGCUUUCUGUGUUGCUCAGGAGAUAGAAGUUACUUUGGGCUCUCACAAAAGCAAACUGAAGAACAAUCUCUGCCUGUCCAUUUGCCCUGCUAAUCUUGAAAAUACUGAGAUCCUGGGUAUUAUUGCCAAUGUGAAGACUUUCUGUUGCAAAAAAGACCUCUGCAAUGCAGCAGUUCCCACUGUUCCCACAGGAGGCAGCACCUGGUCCAUGGCAGGGGUGCUUCUGUUCAGCCUGGGCUCAGUCCUCCUGUAG